UGGUUGACGUCGCUGCCGGCAUCAGACAAAGCGUCCGACAUACUUUUCGGUCACGAAGCAAACAGACAACGUUAACCGGAACGCGACCUGUAUGCUGAACUAAAAAGUAAAAUGUAACGUUAUAAGCGUUUCACACGGAGUAGUUUAGAAAAAGUUUACCGAAGAAACGUCCACCAGCUACUGAGCUCUGUGUGUCUGAGAAUCCUUGUUAAUUCGCGCCACCACAACAACUCUUCUCGCGAGAUUAUAUGUCAUAGGUUUGUUUUUACCCUGCAUUCAGUCUGCAAGGCAAGGUUUUUCCCAGGCUGUGCGUAUUGUGUACAUGGGUGUAUAAUAAGAACGGGUUGUACAAUCAAAUGCUUUAAAGACAUUCAAACUACAGUUUAUAUCGUGGUUGGUGUGAGCGUCUGUCUCUAAUAGGCGGGAAGUGACGCAAAUCUCGCAAAAUCCCGCGAAUUCUAAACACUAAUGGCGACCGGUGGUUGUAAACGAUUCCCCUCGAAUGGGUGUUUUGAUCAGAAUCUUAAAGGUUUCGAGGAGGACACGAUGACAAAGUUCGUCGUUUGGACAAAAGACAAGGCUUUUGGUGUGGACGACCCCAAACCAGGAUCCAAAAAAAUAAUGUGGGAGCUGCAAUACGUUCCCUUUGACGGGAUCCCCUUCAUGGUGGUGGGGAGGAGGGUCUACUCCUGUCACCAAGGGUUAGACAAGCACAAACAUGAUAAACAGACAAGACAACUACAACUGCUUGAUGACCACUCGGACCACUGUUAUAAAAAGAGGCGAAGUAUUCUCAAAGACUCGAAGAAACUGGACUGCCCAGCCAGAAUAUAUGUGGUUCAUCUAAUCAGAUUCCCUGAUUACAAGAUACCCAAUGACAUCCAUAAACAGAGGAAGGAGUGCGCUGGGCGUCUGAGACGUGCCUUAGCAACAAACCCGUCUGAAGUGAAGUUUGAGGAGCAAUAUGUCGCAUGCUUCCCAGGGAUCGAGGAGCACAAGAACCAUCCUGUGGUAAGAGAGGGGCCGGUGGACAGGAGUUCCACUUCUCCCAAAGACGGCAACAAGACAAAGAAAAGGCAGAAGUGUGGGAGCAUGCUGCGCCAAAUCUCCGCUCUCACUCCCCAUCUACAGGAAGAGCCGUUCCUGGACUCGUUGAUUGUUCGACUGAACGACCUUUUGGAGGAUGUGAGGCGUCAUUCCCCUAAAGAUGAGCCCCUUCCCCUGUCUGACACGCCUCCGUCCAAAAAAGUUAGAUACCUCAAAUCGCUCAGCAUGAUCCCCCAAAAAAGAAAAAACUCUGGAAGGUUUGGCCGCCCUGCUAAAGCAACGAAAAGUCAGCUUCAAGCUUUAAAUGCAGAUGUAAUGUAGUUUUUAGCUUGUAGCAUAGGGUUGAAUAUUUUUGAAAACCUCGUGCUGCAAAUAACUCUCGCACACUCUGGGCCCUAUCCUGCACCCGGCGCAGCGCAAAACCCAACGCCAGUGCCUUUGCUAGUUUAAGACCGACGCAGUUGUCAGUUUCCCGU